AUGCUUUCUCUUAUUAGUAAUCUUCAAGCGAAUUCAUCGUAUAAUUCAGUUUUACAACUAGAAAUGGUCAAUGUUGUUUCAUAUUUACAAAAUACAACGAAUCAAGCAUUGUUAUCAACGAAUUGUACAACUUUUGUGACUAAUUUAAAGGCAGCUAAGUCAGCAGAUGAAGCAGCUGAACGUACAAGAGAACAAAUUGCUUCCGAUAUUCAAAGACAAUUCAAACAAGUUGCACAUAAUGCUACUGGGAGCAAUAAUCAUAAUGAAUUAGAAGAUAGUGAUGAAGACAAACACUAUCACUUUUAA